UGUGCGAUGGAUUCAUAGAGCGGUAUAUUCAGCCUGAAAGUGGUGGAGUUGAGUUCAUAUUGCGAAGGUGGGAUUGGAUCUAUCGUUCUUGGCGAUAGAUUAUUGAAGUGAGUGAGGAAAAAAGUGGCGACCAAGUGUUUGAGGAGAAUACAAAGUGUGCCACGAUGUCGCUCAUGUUAAUGCGUGUGGUUAUUGUUGGCUUGUUGAGUUGGAGCUGUUGGGUUGCAGGUGAUGACCUCCCAGAUCCCAUCAACAAAGGACCAAUAAAACUCGUAUGGGCAGAGGAAAAUGAAGAUGUGCAGUUACCAUGCGAUGUCACGCCACCAAUAAUAGACGACAAGGUGGCUAUGGUGCUGUGGUUCAAGGAUGAAAUGGGCCAAGGAAUUCCUUUUUAUUCUUACGAUGCCAGAAAAAAUGGUGGACCCGUACACUUUCCCAUAUCCAACGAUUUGGGUAACCGUGCAAUAUUCGACAUCAGCCAUUAUCACCAUGCAAGCCUGAAAAUCCGCAAGGUAACUCAGCAGGACCAAGGCUUGUACAGAUGUCGUAUUGAUUUUUUCAACUCACCAACACGUAGUUUUCAAGUGAAUCUCACGCUCAUCGAGCAUCCUUCGAGGCCGGUUAUUUACGAUGCUCAGGGCAGAGAGGUUCAGGGCGUCUCACGUUUCUUCGAGGGAUAUGAUUUGAGACUCACCUGUCAAGUGUCAGGAGGAAAACCUAAACCAUUGGUGACAUGGUGGAAGGACGGGGAACUUCUUGAUAAAGAUGUUGAUGUUCCUGAGAUGUCCGGUACGAUUGGAGUAUCUAGUAAAUUCACAGUCAAUCAUCUGUUUAUUGGGAAGGUAACGAGAGCUUUGUGGGGGUCUAAGUUGGAGUGCAGGGCUCAAUCGGGAUCGAUGUCGAGUCCUGUGGUUAGAGAAGUUCCUUUGGACAUUUAUCUGAAGCCUGUUGCAGUGAAAAUACGUCUCAAUGAUGACUUCAUCCUCGCUGGACAUCCAAUAGCUGCGGUAUGUGAAACAUGGGGCAGCUGGCCAGCCGCUACCCUAGCAUGGAGUCUCGGUGGACUGAAAUUCCGUGACCCAAGUGUAGCAACAACCCAACGAAGCAAUUCCACGCUGAGUAAACUUGCUCUAGUACUUGAUCGCGAUGACGAUGGCAAAGAGUUGAGCUGCACAGCGGUCAAUCACAAUUUUCCCGGUGGUGAGCUCAAAGAGAUUCGUCAACUUCGAGUUGCCUAUGCACCAAUAUUGCAAGCUCACCUUGCCGUAGGCUAUAUCCUGGACUCUUUGCGUGAAGGUGAUGACCUGAAACUGAUUUGCAACGUCCAGAGUAAUCCUCCACCCAGUGAAAUCGUCUGGUUUCAUAACGACACUCGCCUUGAGCAUGACGUUACAACAGGGAUUCUCAUAGCCUCGAACACUUUGACAUUGAGGGUCUUGAAUCUCGGACACUCUGGGGAGUACACCUGUUACGCUCGGAAUAGAGUUGGUGAGGGCCGUAGUUUACCUCUUCGGAUUCACAUGAAGUUUGCUCCGAGAUGUCGUGUAGGUUUUGAAUCAACAGACAUCCCAGUGGAUCUCGGUGAGGUUGUAAAACUCUACUGCGAGGUGGAGGCGUUACCAAGUGACACAGUACGAUUUUCCUGGACAUUUAAUGGGACAAGAGGAGAUGUUCUCCCUGUGCAAAAUUCCAAACCAAGAAAUCAGGGUGUCACAAGUAUUUUAGAGUACACACCCCUAGUGGAUGGGGAUUAUGGUACACUUGGAUGUUGGGCAAGCAACAGCAUUGGAAGACAACGAGCACCCUGCAUAUUCAACAUUAUUCGGGGAAAAGUGCCACAGCCGCCAGUAGACUGUGCACUGUACAACGAGAGUAGCGCACUCGAGGUAAAUUGCAUCCCCGGUUCGGACGGUGGUUUGCCUCAGCACUUCCUGCUAGAAGUACGUGGCUCUGCAGUAGGCUCGGAGCUCUUCCAAACCUCCCACACUCUCCAGACACCACAAAGUGACCAGGGGGAGGCGGGUGCAGUUCCCCCAAUUUAUAGAACGGAAAAUCCACGUCCAACAUUUCAACUUCAUGAUUUAGAACCAGGUUUUGAAUAUACAUUGGCAGUUUACGCUAUUAAUCAGCGGGGCAAGAGUGAGCCCAGGCUCAUAAGAAAUGUCCGCAUUACGGAGACUGUUGGAAGGAAUCUUGGGCAGUCUGGUGGUGCGGGUUUUGUAAUCAAUGGACUCAAAAGUUUCAUUCCCAGUGGAGAGACGCAGAAUAUGAUGAUUAUUAUUAUUGGAGUUGUUGUGGGAGCGGUUUCAUUCAUCGGCAUUGGAAUAUUUAUCGGUGUUGCUGUAUGCAGAAAGCGUUCUCGUGCCCCAGAGCGCUCAACUCCCGACGAUUUCACAAUACCCACGUACGUAUCAGCUCAACGUAUUGAGCCAAGAGUGAGAUACAGUAGUGACAGAAGAAGAUCCCAAAGAACAAGUCUUUACAUGGAGGAAAAUAGAAACGAACCAGAUCUACUGUCACAGGUAGAGAUUGACGUCCAGAGAUAACGCAAGAAGGUAGUGAAAAAUUAAUUUUUUGCCACUUCUGAGGAGAUAUGUUACUACCUCUCGAGGAAAAUUCCGUCCGAGGCUUUUCAACAAGAAGCCUUUUUAAUUUAAUUUUUUUAACGUUAUGAGAGAGAAUGCGUUGGUUUUUUUUGCUAUGUAAAGAAUUUUUUCAACACCUUUUAAAAAAAACUUACUGCUGAAGCUGUUUUAUAGUUUAAACGUCCUUCGGUGAUUUUCAAUUUUUCAAAGUUGAGAUGUUGAAACAGUAAUUUGUUAUGAUUUUUCUAUUGUCCAACACUUAUGGAUUUCACUGAGAGAAUAUUUCAUGCGAAGCACUCGAUUUGAAAAGAAAAAAAUCUCCUACCGUAGUUUCCUCUUCGGGCAUUGUAUACUUAGUAAUAGAGGAUCCAUAUUUCAUUUCACGAAAAAAUAUGGAGUAAUUCCAAACUGUGGAAGCACAAUGAAUAGGAGUUUUAAAAGUUUAUAAAUAAAGAAUGUUGAGAAUUCCUGUGAGAGCAUCUGAUGCUUCCCUCAGUGUUCCAUCCACUCGAGGGAUAUAAAACUGUGCAAUGAUGAAUGAAAAUGAUUAUCUGGUGCCGUGUAUCAAGUAUUUCUCGUGUAUAGUAAUUAGAAUAACGUUUAUUUUAUGAACAUAAUUUGUAACGUAGUACAUUUGCUGUAGUUAUCAGUACGUAUUAUGUGCGACGAGUGCCAUGAAAGAGAUUAAUGUACAAUUAUUUUUACAUGCCAUUAGUUUUAAGAGGUUGGCACUACCCUAUGAUUAAUUGAUGUAUUAUAACAGACUCCCCGAUUAAUUAAUUAAUCUUACUCUAAAGUUCAUCAGAAAAUGUAUUAUUAGAUAAUAUAAAUGCAGAGUAACGUAAAUAUA